AUGACUGUGAGUAAUGGUUAUUAUGUGCAACAAGCAUCUAUGGUUGAUGAUUUAGUGGGUUACCAUGUCAUGAAUUUUCAAAGUGGUUCAUCUGCAAAGUCAAGGGUCCUCACACAUGACAAACUUGCAGACUACAUAUCGUGUAGUUGUAGUAAAUUUGAAUUUGAGGGUAUUCCAUGUAGGCAUAUGUUAGCAUUUUUCCGUAUCAACCAAGUGUCUCUACUGCCUGAUAAGUACAUACUCAACCGAUGGACAAGAAAUGCCAAGGUGGGGGCAAUCUAUGACUUUGGUGCGCAAACUUCCAUCGAUACUCCAGAUGCAAAGUUGAUGGCAAGACACUUUAGGCUAUCCUAUAAAGCUUCAGUAGUUAUUGAUGUUGCAUCUUUAACUGAUGAGGGGACAAACAUGUUGAAUGAUCAAUUCGAUUGUAUAUACAGUAAACUUCAAGAUCUUAACAUUAGCAGUAAAAAUGACAACCAAAGUCAAAGAAACCAAAGCAUCGAUGGGGAGCCCUCUAUUGUUGACCCUUCUUUGGUCAGGUCAAAGGGGUGUGGAAAACGAUUGAAAUCGUCAAAAGAGACAACAACCUCAAAAGCGAGACUAUGUCGUAGAUGCGGUCAUCGAGGUGUCUCACACGACAAGCGCAAUUGUCCUUUACUACAGCAGAGAUCAAAUGUUACAGAGAAGGAUAAUACCAACGAUGACGAAUCGUAUGAAGAAGAUUUGGCAUCUAUAGCUGUUAUUAGUCAUAGUAGCUGCUACAACGCUUUGCAAACCAAAGGGAUUCUGAUGCAGCAUCACAUAUCACUUUUUUCAGCGCCUUUAAGCAAUAUGAUAUACAACUACAAACAGGUGUAG